CAGCUCAUGCGAUCACAUAUAAAAGAUGAUCUCUGCCUCUUUGCUGCAUCGUCUCAUCCUCAGACAUCAAUCAGCGAAGAUGGCUUUUUCUCCUCGGUUGUUGUUGCUUCUGACUGCCAUCAGCGGACUUCUGGCAGGAAGUUGGUCUUUUGCCAUCGAGAAAGCAGAUGAUUGCUGUCCUACGGGCUGGACUCAGUUGGACAAUCGUUGUUUCAUCUUCAAAAACGAACGAGUCGACUUCAUUACUGCGGAGACCACCUGCAUAAUUCUCGGCGGGAACCUGGUGUCCAUUCACAGCAAUCUGGAGAACGAACUCGUGCGACAAUUGAUUUUUGACGUGACCGGCCGAAACACUCGCACCUGGAUCGGAUUCACUGACGCAGUCGAGGAGGGUUCCUUUAUUUGGACCGACGGCUCAGUUGUGGAUUUCACCGACUGGGCAAACAACCGUCCUAACAACAAUGGAAACCAGAACUGUGUAAACAUCAACUUCAGAGGAGAUGAUCAGUGGAAUGAUAUCCCAUGCAUUAGGUCAAGAACUUAUGUCUGUGCCAUGGAUCUGAAACCUCACCAUUAAGAUCCCCCCUGAUAUCUUCUAGUGUUUUCCACUGUCUGUGUUAGAUCGCUAAAACAACUUCUUUAGGCUAAUUGCUCUUUGCUUACAUUAUUUCAAGCAUGUUUCAGUGAUUAGUUUACAAAGAUUGGUCUAAGAUCCCCUUUAGCUGAUCCCACAGAUUCUACUUAUUUACUAGACAUGUCAAUGUUAGUUCCAUUCUUGCAUGCAUUCUUUCUUUCCUUCUAUCCAUUAUGUUUAAAGCAGCUAAUAUUUUCCCCAUGUGUACACUCUGUUCUUGUAUCCUAUGUCCGCAAGUAAACUCUUGUGCUUUACCUUGAA